AUGGGUGUCUACGGGGGUCUAGGACCUAUGACAAAUGCAGUGCUUUGGGUUCAAGUCGUUGUUUUUGCUGUCUUUGUGGGACUAAGACUCUAUACACGAAAGUCCAUCUUGAACGCAGUUGGUGCCGACGAUUAUCUAGCCAUUCUUUCACUGGUUCUUCAAAUCAUUUACACGGUCUUCGUCACUGUGGCAAGCUGCUACGGUCUUGGACAAAAGCUUGCUGAUGUUGGGAACCAAGAUAUCUAUUUCACAGCAGUCAAGUAUGAGCUGUUCAGUCAAGUGGCUGGAUUAAUGGUCAUUGGGGUAGGAAAAGCAGCUGUGGGAAUGUUCCUCCUUCGCAUCGUUCGAAAUCGCAUUCAGAUCUGGUUUAUUCGGGUAUGCCUUGCAAUCACUGCUUUUAUCACUCUAUUUGCCAGUAUCACCGUCAUCGUCCAAUGCACUCCGGUGGAGAGAAGCUGGAAUCAUUCAGUUCCGGGAACAUGCUGGCUGGACUUUUCUAAGGUUGGCUACACUGUUGGCUCAUGGUUCGUUGCCGCCGACUUCUCCUUCGCGAUCCUUCCAUGGUUUGUUGUCUGGGACCUCAAUAUGAAACAAAAAGAGAAAAUCACCGUGGCGUUGGGUUUGAGUCUUGGAGUCUUCGCUGGAGUCUGUGGAAUCGUUCGCACCGUAGCUCUGUCAGGGCUCAACGCAUCGGAGUACAUAUAUGAUACUGUGCCAAUGCUCAUCUGGUCCGCCACCGAGAGUACCGUGACUAUCAUGUGCUCAACAAUCCCCGUUCUUCGACCUCUAUACAUCCGCAUCAGAUAUGGAAAAGACGGCAAGGACAGCAGCAAUGGUGGCAACAGUUCCUACAAGCUGCCCUUGUAUGGAAGUGGCCGGAAGUAUGGCAUACUUUCGAUCCCCGGGCCUGGCGCAUCGGUUGUCGAGAAAAAGGGUGGCGCAUACCAAACUACCGUCAUGAAGCACCAAAAAAACAAUACUAGCGACGAAACCAUUCUUCGUGGGGCUGCUGGUAUUGAGAGAACUGAUGAAAUAUCGGUCACCUAUGAGCCAUAUGGUAAAAAGUUCUAA